AUGACCAAGUUAGGUGCUCCAGAUGCUAGCAUCCCUCUCAUCCUUCUUCCUGGAGUAGUGAGCUUGAAAGCCAUGACCACAGUUAUUGUUUUGGCCAACACUGUAGAAACAGCCACAGUGAAAAAUACUCCAAAUGUGGUCUGCUGCAGGAUGCAGAGGAAUGUGAAAAAUAUCAGAAAUGAGAUGGCAAAAGUCAUAGAAAGCUGUACAUGGAGCUUAGCCGGUUGUUCUCAUAGGACCUGGAAGAUCGGAGUGUUCACAGUAAUGCAGCCAGAGGAAGUUGAGGACACAGAUGCAGUGACUUUUGAUGAUGUGCAUAUCACCUUCACUGGAGAAGAGUGGAAUUUGCUGGAUCCUUCCCAGAAGAAUCUCUACAAAGAUGUGAUGCUGGAGACCUACUGGAACCUCACCGAUAUAGGCUACAAUUGGGAAGAUCACCAUAUUGAAAAAGAAUUUAAACGUUCUAGAAGACACAAAAGGCAUAUAAGUCAUAGUGGGGAAAAACCAUAUGAAUAUAAUCAAUGUGGUGAAGCCUUUGCACAACCCAGUCGUCUCCGAAAUUAUAAAAGAAACCAUACUGGAGAGAAACCUUAUGAAUGUAAUCAAUGUGGUAAAGCCUUUGCAAGACCCAGUCAUCUCCAAAGACAUAAAAGAAUACAUACUGGUGAGAAACCUUAUGAAUGUAAUCAAUGUGGUAAAGUCUUUGCCCUACACAAUCAUCUCCAAAAUCAUAAAAGAAUACAUACUGGAGAGAAACCUUAUGAAUGUAAUCAAUGUGGUAAAGCCUUUUCACAUCAGAGUAGUCUCCAAUAUCACAAAAAAACACAUAAUGGAGAGAAACCUUAUGAAUGUAAUCAAUGUGGUAAAGCCUUUUUAUGUCAGAGUAGUCUCCAGUGUCAUAAAAGAACCCAUACUGGAGAAAAACCUUAUGAAUGUAAUCAAUGUGGUAAAGCUUUUGCAAUACCCAGUGUUCUCCAAAGACAUAAAACUACACAUACUGGAGAGAAACCCUAUGAAUGUAAUCAAUGUGGUAAGGCCUAUUCACAAGAGAGAGCUCUCCAAUAUCACAAAAGAACACAUACUGGAGAGAAACCAUAUGAAUGUAGUCAGUGUGAUAAAGCCUUUGCAAGACCCACUCAUCUUCAGUUACAUAAAAGAACACAUACUGGUGAGAAACCUUAUGAAUGUAAUCAAUGUGGUAAAGCCUUUGCAAGACCCAGUCAUCUUCAAAGACAUAAAAGCAUACAUACUGGAGAGAAACCUUAUGAAUGUAAUCAAUGUGGUAAAACAUUUUCACAACUGACUACUCUCCAAUAUCAUAAAAGAACACAUACUGGAGAGAAACCUUAUGAAUGUAAUCAAUGUAGUAAAGCCUUUGCAUGUCACAGUCAUCUACAACGUCAUAAAAGAACACAUACUGGAGAGAAACCUCAUGGAUGUAAUCAAUGUGGUAAAGCAUUUUCACAACGGAGUACUCUACAAUAUCAUAAAAGAACACAUACUGGAGAUAAACCUUAG